AUGAUGGCAUCACAAAAUCCAAGGCUUAAAGUAACUAAAAUAGAAAAGUGCAGUCAACCUAAAGCACCAGGAGCGCUCAGAUUACUUUGUUUCAGUGAUACACACGAAAAACAUUUGAAAAUCCCACCACAUCAAAUAGUUCCAUGCGAUAUUUGCAUUUGUGCAGGUGAUUUCACAAAGUUUGGUGAUCCAGCUGAAGUAAAAAAGUUUAAAGAUUGGUUCAUCAAAAUUCCUGCACGAUACAGAGUACUGAUUGCAGGUAAUCAUGAAACAACAUUUGAUGUAGAACGAUAUGGUCGUAUGGUAACUCAAAUGAGAAAAAUCAAAAGUGACUUACCUCGAGAAACUGCAAAAUCUAUUGUCCAAACCGACGGAAUCAUCUAUUUAGAGAAUGAAUCUGUUGAAAUAGAAGGCCUCAAGAUAUACGGAUCCCCUCAAACCCAUUACUGGGAAUUUUGGGCUUUUUAUUAUCCAGAUAAAGAUGGUCCAAAGGUUUGGGCGAAGAUACCACACGAUACAGAUAUCCUUGUAUGUCAUACAUGUCCACGCAGCACAAUAGAUCUCAUGAGAGGACAACAUGUCGGUUGUAAAUCACUUGCUAAUGCAAUUAAAGAAGUACAACCAUCAUUAGUUAUCUACGGACACCUCCAUGAAGGAUAUGGAGUUGCUAAAAUAGGAAAAUCUGUUAUUGCAAACGUAUCAUUGACAAAUCUUGCAAGAAAACUCGCAAAUAGACCAAUGAUAUUCGAUGUAUCAUUUAAGACACCAGAAAUACCACGCCCUCUACCAAAACAACCCGAAGAAACCGAAAUUCCAAAAGAUGAAUAA